CCAUAUUCGAUAAAAACAUAAACAUCAGUAGCGGACAAAAUGACCAAACUUAUGCAAUGGCUUUGCUUCUUUGGCCUCGUUUUUACUAUAUGGAUGACCCUGUUGGCAGAUAUUUUACCACUUUCAAUAAGCAAGGACCUAAAAGAUGUAGUUUUGCCCUUCCCUAUCUACAUGGUGUUAGUUUUUGGGUGUUAUUCACUUAUGGUAAUUGGUUAUCGUGUUCUCACUUUUAACGACUGUGAAGACGCAGCUGAAAGUCUUAAAAAGGAGAUACAAGAGGCUCGGAAAGAUUUAACAAUGAAAGGCUUUAGGUUUGACUAGGUCAAAUACUUGUUGCAUGGUGUAUUGGGGCUCACAACAUAUGUAUUUAUACAUUGGCAAGGGCUUUAAGAUUCCAUUAAAUAUACUAUAUAAACUAUUGAAAUAAUUUAUUGUUAGCCAGGCUCAUACCAGCAUACAGAAAUAUAAAAUGAAAAUCUAUUUCUAAAUUGGUGUAUUACUUUUGAACCAUAAUAUAAAUACGAUAAUAAUUUA